AACUGAUAAAUGACGCGAGUUUCUCUCAUGACUGUGUUGAUGCUAUUUUUCGUAGCAAGGAGUAUCCGUUCCCAGAUUUACCAAAACAUGUCAAGUCUCGCCGGAGUGCAUUCCGUGACAUACGUUACGGUGCCAGAUGACGCAGUUGCAAAAAGAUUAGCACGAGGUCUAGUCGAAAACAAGCUCGCUGCCUGCGUUAACAUCAUCCCGCAACUCACAUCCAUAUACGAAUGGGAAGGAAAGAUACAAGAAGAGCCUGAACUUUUGCUGAUGAUAAAAACUAGAACAGAGAGAGUAGAUGCUCUAACAAAAUAUGUUAAAGAAAAUCAUCCGUAUACAAUUUGCGAAGUAAUCUCUUUACCCAUACAAAAUGGAAACAGCGAUUAUCUAAAGUGGAUCAGUGAAGCGGUACCAUCACUUAAUAAAAACGCUUAAAAUAAUUGAUAUACGAUAUAUGAUAUAUCCUCACAACAAUGACCAUGUUUACACGACAUCCUUAAUCGGGUUUAAUAACAUCUGUAGUUAUGAAAUUGAUCAUAGCUAUUCCUGUAAAGAAUGGAAUAACUGUGAUUAGCCAGUUUCAUUACGGAUGUUAUUGAACCUGAUUAAAGGUGUCAUGUAAAGGUAGUCAAUAAUUGACAAGGUUGAGACUGAUAAAAACCUUACUUCCGAUUACCGACUCUCAACUCAUUGUAGAACUCCGGUGAGAAUAAAAAAAACUAAUCAUAACAUGCAUGUAAUAAGAUAUGAUAUAUAGAAUGUGAUACUUAUAUUACAAAGCGCAAAUUCUUCACUUACAUUAUAAUAAUUAUAUAUUAUUAUACAGGUCUGGAAUUUAA